ACUUUAGGGAACAAUUCCAUAGUUUGUGUGCAAGCGGUAAGAUUCCAGUAUACAGACAGCGAGUAGCUAUUGUUGGGCCUUUCGGCGUUGGGAAGACUCAUCUUGCCAAGCGUCUCAUCCAAGAGAAAUAUGUUGAAGAAAACGAUGCAAAAACUCCUGGCGUGAAGAUAUACCGCCAUAGAUGUAUUGUCCAAAAGGCUGGUCGAUCUUGUUGGAUUAGAGGAAAAGAUAACCCUGAAGACCAGUUUGUUCAAAACAUGGCAAUUGGAAUACAGAAACCAAAGACAUUCGGUGAUCCAGUAGAAAUGGUUCAAACACCACCAGCAGAGUCCCUUACAGAUGUGAAAGGAGGGAUUUUUAAUGGGAUGGUGACAAAGAGAGCCUCUUCCACUGGUGACAGUAGAUCAUAUACAUCCCCUGACAGAGCAGCAGCUGCUAACCCUGACGACGGUGGAUCACAUGCCUCUCCUGUCCGAACAGUAGAGAGAGACUAUAUCAAGAAUAUUGAUCCGGAUCUACUGGAUAAAAUAGAAAAACUGGCCCGAGGACAACCUGUUGAGCCUGAGAAACAGGUUACAAUUUGGGAUUUUGGAGGUCAAGAUGUCUACUACACCACGCACCAAACAUUCCUAUCAGAGCAUAUCAUCUACUUGUUAGUCUUCCGGCUUGACGUAGACCUCGAUAGAAAAAUCCCCGUAUACAGAGGACAAAAGACAGUGAAGGAGUUUAUUAUGUUUUGGUUGAACUCUAUCCAUAUGCACACAGUUGAACGAUUGAGGGAAGAAGACAGGGAUGUCAUUCCAUACGUCUUGAUUAUUGGAACUCAUAAGGACAGGUUAGGCUCACAGGUUGACGUUAAAGACAUAUUUGGUAAACUCAGCAAGUGUCUUGACGACAAGCAGGUACUAAAGGACCACGUCUACCAGUAUUUUGCCAUAAACAACUUGGCCGAAGAUGAUGCGGAGUUUGAUAAAAUAAAAAGAGUGAUCGAAAAACUGUGUGGCUAUAGCAGCGACAGUAAGGCUACCGUUCAAAAGUUUUCAGUGGGUUGGAUUCAGCUGGAAAUGGAUUUGGCAAAGAAGAGUGAAGAAAUUCCUAUUAUAACUGUUGAAGAACUGUGUAAAAUGGCGCAAAGGGUAGGACUCUCUGACGGAGAAUUACAAGACAGUUUCAUUCCUUACCAUCACCAACAAGGAGACAUCCUACACUUCAAAGUAGAUGGACUGGAAAAUAUCGUCAUAAUAGAUCCACUUUGGUUAGCAGAUGUGUUUUCUGCCAUCAUGACCCCGACCAGCAGCCACCCCGGGUGCAGUUAUGGUGAUAUCCUGAAGGAUGAGCUUAAAAGAGGAGUACUAAAGGAGGAGGUGUUUGAUGAAUAUCUGAAAGAAAUUAAGAUGACCGAAAACAAGACUGAAAUCAUUCAACUAAUGCUGCAUUUCGACUUGAUGUUAGAAAUAUCCCAAUCAGUUGAAAACCCAAUCCCAGGGUCUGGAAAGAGAAGAUUUGUCGUGCCUAGUAUGCUGGUAUCGAAUAACAAUGCAAACAACGCGUUAUCUGAGUCGGAUCCACAAAAAUAUUUGCUUAUUGCAUUCCCUCAUAUUCCAUUUCCUACCGGGUUGUUUCAUCGUCUGAUCAUCCGUCUUCUAAGGAAGUAUAAAGCUCAGCGAUAUGAAAAUAACAUCCCAGUUGUCGGGUUUGACCGCGCCUCCUUCCGUCUGGAAGACAAACAGUCGGUGCUCCAUCUCGUUGUUGAAGAUAAGGUCAUAAAGCUGUUGAUUACUAACGCUACUGGAAACCCGCCGAAGCCUCACAUGUACGCAAACACACGGAAGACAGUAGAAGACGAGUUGUCAACUCUUCGGAACACAUACUGCCCCAGAAUGCAUUUUGUCUACUGUAUCCGGAUAAAAGAUGACGGGCCAAAUAUCCAAAUACAAGCACAGGAUGUACAAACAAGGGAGGUCAUCUGUGCAUGUUUGGAGACCUCUGAAGUAUCGAUUGAUUUGAGACCAUACCGUGUUUGGUUUUCACACGAAGAGAAAGAGCAACGUAGGCCCCAAAGCAUGGAAGAAGAUGACCUGUUCCGGGACAAGGCAUUCGACGACAAACAGGUCUACAGAAACUAUACAGAGUGGAGGGGGAAAGCUGUGAUCAUCAAUAACAUCAGCUUUGAUAAUAGAUAUUACCCUGAUAGAGACGGGACAGAGGUGGAUGUUGAGCGUUUAGAAAUUUUAUUCAAGCAGUUACAUUACUUGGUGUCCAAGCAUGACAACCUGUCUGCUGGGAGUAUAAAUCAACUAGCUGAACGUGAGGCAAGAAGUGAUCACAGUGCUUACUCAUCCUUCAUCAUGGUGGUCCUGAGCCAUGGUUCGGAGAACACGGUGAUAGGCACUGACGGUUAUCACAUAGGAUACGACCAAAUAAUGGCACAUUUUGAGGCCUCCAGGUGCCCGACACUGAGCGGCAAACCCAAGAUGUUCUUCAUUUCUGCUUGUCAGAGUAGUCCCGUUGAAAAUGCAGCAGUUCUAGACACAAAACCCAAGCAAGCGACAGCAAAACAGCAAGAAACACCUCAAACUCCAGAGAAAGCCGACAUGAUAUUAGUAUUAGCAACCACUAGAGGUGACAGGUCCUGGCGAACUCCCGCAAAUGGUACGUGGUUUAUUCAGAAUCUGGUAACAGAGCUGUCGGAAAGAGCACGUGAAACCCAUCUGCUUGACAUACUGACACAGGUGAACCAGAGUGUGUCUCAAAUGACAACACAAGAAGGCUGCCGACAGGUGUCAACCAUAGCGAUGUGCACAUUAAGGAAGCACGUGUAUUUCUGGCCAGGAUACUAUUGUGAAAACGGAGAAAUCAAGCAGUACCCUCAGUAAAAACAAUGUAUAUUGCACUGUUGGAUGAAAUGGUUCACUAAACACAAACAACCACUGUCACUUUUACUUAAAAACACUUUUUUUUAAUUUUUUGAUAAAGUUAGUUACAGUAUUGAUCAAGAAAA